CUCUUUCACCUCUUGUUUCUUUUGAAUCUGAAAGGUUUGUCUUGUUGGGGUGAGGUUAAAGCCAUACCCCAAUACUAAAUGGCUGGUUUCCCUUGAAAAGAAAGGACCCAAGAAUCCCCCACAGGCGAUGUUCCUAAGCACUUGGUUCCUUUGCCCAUUUCUCCUGACUGCAUUAGCAUCAGGAAAUCCCACACACUGAUGUGAAAAUAUUAAAUUGGGUUUGAACUGGACACUGAAACUUUAAACUACUUUAGCAUCCAUGCCUGAAACUCUUUAGCUAAUUGUUGAAGCUCAGUGCAAAUGUAUUAAUCUCCUUUGCUGUCAGUGUUGGUGACUUCCAGCUGCUUGAUACGAAAUGCACUGUGUCUUGUUGCCAGCAAACUGAGAGUAAUUUGGGUAAUUAUUUUUUUAUCAGUGGUCCAACUAAAUGAAGAAUCCCAAAUGACUCUUCUAGUGUCUUUCAGUCAAAGAUGCCAAAAUGCUUUACAGACUCUUAAAACAGUCAUGUGUUAGGCAGGUUUUUAUUCUGUUUUAUAAAUAGGGAAACUGAGGAACAGACAGAAAAAGUGACUUGCCUGCAGUCACGCAGUGAGUCAGUGGUGGAAGUGGGAAUAGAACCCACUUCUCUGCCCUACCAUUAGAUCACCCUAGAAGCUACAAUCUGAGACUAGAGCUCUGGAAAGCAAGAAAAUGCCUGUGUAAUUUAACAUUGCAGCCAAAAUUAAUCCUAUAGUAUAGACUGAAAAUGCUGAAAGACAUACCCAUUCUGCCCAAUCCCUGAAAGCUGCGGGCAGAGUAGACUCUUCCUUGCCCUUCUCUCCCUGCCCAUCCUUGAUGUGUGUUUGGAAUUCUUGCACCCUGGUACUGGGCAAAUUCUUCUGGUUUCUUUAUCCUGCCAGCUGAAGAAAUUCGCUCUUAUCUUGCCACUAAAGCAGAUACAACAUUGGUAUGGCUGGUGACCCUGUUUAUAAAGCCCUACUCUAUACAAUAGCAAUCUGGUAUGUUCUGUUUGAACACUCCUCUCAUUGGAAAACGUUAUUUAGCUAAUUACAAAGCACGUGUUGCUUUAGGGUUUCAUACUUGCAUCUCAUCUGCUUAAAGUGUAACAGUAAAAUCUCAUCUUAUGCUCCUAUAGCAUGAGAUGCGCUAGGGUUUGUGUUACAAGAUGAAUUUGCUUUCUCAUCGUGAUUGUGGUUGGAGCAGUCAUUCUCUAAGGACUUUACACUUCUUUUUUUUGAGAACCAGUGUGACCGUGUUUCUUACCUGACAGUGUUAGUGCGUUUUUUAUUUGGUUAAAAAGGAAAGAGCUUUUUCUGUUUUGGGAACACUAACGCCCUCACUCUGGUGACUAUGGAUAAGGUGUGUUUCAUGCUCCUUGAAUGAACUUGGAUGUACAGUAAAAUCUGUAAAAAUACAAGCCAUGUAGGAAAAGCAACUUGAGCCAUUGGAUAUGCACAGGUCAAACGGUUGCUAUUUGGAAAUAGUAUAAAUGCAAUGGCAAGUGUGGGUGUGUAGUGCCUCGCACAAUGGGCCCUGUGAUGCUAAUGCACUACAAAAAAUACGUAUUUCUUAUGAGGAAUAUUGGAAUAAUAACACUUACUCAUAGGCAAAGUCAGUAUUAGCACUAGUAAAAGACGACAAACACUUUUUGCAGAAAAUGCAUCAUUUUAAUUCCCAGCUUUUGAAAAGGAGCAACUUAAUUUAUUCAACAUUUUACACAAAAAAUGGAAAGCAGUUUCCUCCCUGUCUUAUUCAUUGGCAAAAUUGAAAAAGGUGGGGAUAGGAAAAACAAAAUGAAAAGUAGUUAAAUUUUUCUUCCAAUUUUUUCCAAAUAAGAGAAUUUUUUGCAAAAAAUUCCCUCUUCAAAUAGGCCAUUUUUUUAAUUGGAAUAAAUUGUUUGAAAAAUGUCAGCCAGCUGUUGUCAUUAUAAAUGACAGGACUCGCAUCAGGCAUGAGCAUAUGGAAACUGUUUAGCAAACCUCACGAUUGGAAAUACACAUGUGAUGUGCAUGUAGGGAAAGAGUCUGGUCCCAACUGCUCGUUGCAUUACAGCCAAAGUAAUCUAGGAACUCAAUGCAUCCUCCAAUGGAGGGGAAGAGGAUGGGAAUUUAGUGCUUGAGAACGACUCCUAUGACUUUCCUCGUUUUUAAAGAGAUUAACAAAAUAAAAGGCCCCAGCUGUGUAGGUAGUGAAAUGCCUGAUAAUCUGUAAGAAUGGCUGACACUUUAAAUAAUAAAAAAGAAUAGUCUAAUCCUCAGUAGAGGGCAUUGUACUUCCGCUUGCCUGCAGAAGAAAGGGAACUGACAGAAUACUUUCUCUCUACUCUCUGGUCCCAUGACUCACUCUUCUUGGCUGUUAGUAUUAUUUAUUAUUGGUAUUGUAGUAAGUAGUGCCAAGGAGUCUGAGUCACAGACCAGGAUCCCAUUGUGUUAUAGCCACAUCAGUAAAUAUUAAUUCACCAGAUCACAUGCUCCAAGAUAUUUCGUAUCUAAGUUGCUUGGAUGUUUCCAAACAAAAUUUUGCCAAUGCGCAGUUAAGGCUGUCAGUUUAUUCUCCCCUCCAAAAUUAUCUAAUUUAUUCAAGUAUUACUCUUGAGAAUGUAACCAUUAUAAAGUCAGCACCUUCUUAGUUCUGACUCUUCUAUUGCUGUGACCGCUGUGGCCCUCUAAAGACAAAGUGUACUGUGAGGAUGAGACAGAACUAACAAAUGCCCUUCUCAGUGUAGCAGAUUUAGGCACAGAGACAGAGAGGGGUUAGGCUAUAAACACAGCUUUCCCACAGACAGUAACUUCAGCCUCCCACGUCUCAGUCCUACACCAGACUCUUCUACCAGCUUACCUGGUCAGAACAAAACUGACCUUCUCCAACUGUCUUGUGGAUGUCACUGCAUUCCAUUCCCUCUCAUUGCUUCCUAUGCUGCGUUGCUAAGAGCCUUGGUGUGUGUCACUGACCACCAUUAUUACAUAUACAUGUUGCAUAUGACCAAGAUGUAUGUAGUAAGACCAAGGAGAGAUUUCAAGGCUGGUGGGAGCCAUCGUGAUUUUACAGGCCCCUGUGACCACCCACUGUGGGCAGUCCAAAGACAGCUACAAGUUGCCAAAACUCCAAUUUGGGUCAGAGAAACCUGAAGCCCCAAGACAGCCCAUUUUGGGGGCUGAAGGAAACUUACGUAUAACAGCUGAAGGCAGAGUGUACUAUCUCAUUUCUCUGGGCAAAAGAAAAUACACAAUUACUAGAGGAAAAAUGCUAGAUUGAGGGGAAAGUGCCCCCCCAAAAGCCAGCUGAGACAGAUGUGCUUGAGGAUGCAGGGCUGAAGAGCAAAGGCAAGUUGGAAGGUGCUACAGCACAGCACCUGCUGCCCCUGGAAGAGGUAAAGCAGGGAGACUGUCCACUACAGGGGGAAGUAGUAAUGAUGGAAUAAGAUCAUCCACUGGAGAGGGACAUGGCCACAGCUCUGCAGCCAGAAGAGGAGGAGGUGAUGGAAGGAGAAGACUCACUGAAAGGUUCUGAAUCCUCUCCACUGCGUUUAGAUGGGGAUGUUGGAGGAGACAGUCUGAUCCAGGGUGUUGCAGCUGCUUGCCCACAGUCAAAACAGGAUAUAGGCUCUCUGGAAAGAGAUGAUCUGGUGAAGUGGCUCUUCCUCCAGCUUCUGGAAGGGGAGAGGAGGCGCAAGGAGGCAGAGAAAAGGUGGGAGGAGGCAGAAACAAAAUUUCAGCAAUUUCUCCUGGAGCUAGGAAAGAGAGCGAACAGGUUGGCUCUGAGCUCCCAGGUCAGACCUGGAGAAGCACUCCCUCCUCCCCUAGCUUCUCCAGACCACAUACGGCCGUCACGCUCAUUCUGGAUACACAUUCAGAGGGCCUAUCGGUGGCUGAAAGACCAAUGGUCCCUACGUAUGAGUCUGUGUCUCCCAAGGCAAGUCCAAGAGACUCAUUGCAGUGAUGUAAGGGAGGCUGACGACUAUGCAGAAAUGUGUCGGUACAGAUUUAGGGAGUACAGAUUCCAGGAGGCAGAGGGACCCCAGGAGGCUUACGCUCACUUAUCCGAGCUGUGCCACAAGUGGAUCCAGCCCAAAAGCACGAGUGCAGCACGGAUUGCUGACAUGCUAAUCACAGAGCAGUUCCUGGAGAUCCUCCCACAUGAUGUUCAGGCAUGGGUUAGGAGGAACAGGCCAGACACUGGGAGUAGGGCUGUGUCCUUAGCAGAGUACAUCCUGGCCAUAAAGGAGCAUGGUCAGUGCUCAACACUGGUAAGGCCUCCAGAAUGUCCCGUGAGGGAGAAAUGUAGGGCUGGAAAAGCAGGGGGUGGGAUUAUGACUUCAAGGACCACAAAUGCGCUUCCUGAUGAGAAACUGGGAAGCUUGCACACAUGGUCACAUAGCUUACCGCGACCCUGAGAGUGCUGCACUGUGGGUGGAGGGGUGGGGACUGGAUUAGAAUCAUAGAAUCAUAGAAUAUCAGGGUUGGAAGGGACCUCAGGAGGUCAUCUAGUCCAACUCCCUGCUCAAAGCAGAUGCUCUCAUCCCUAUGACACAUGAGGCAACCCAGGGUUGCCACAUUUCUUACUCCAUUGUAGUCUGUUCCAUCUUUGGAACAUCAGCAACAUCAUUGUCAAUAGUUUUCUUAUAUGUCAUCUGCUGUCCUCCUCUUUUCCAUCUUCCACCAAGUGGUGUCCAGUCAAGGGCUUAUCUAGGAAUGCGUUUUUUCUAGGGCUGUCAAUUAAUCACAGUUAACUCAUGCGAGUCACUCAAAAAAUUAAUCUUGAUUAAAAAGAUUAAUUGCAGUUUUAAUUGCACUGUUAAACAAUAGAAUACCAAUUGAUAUUUAUUAAAUAUUUUGGAUGUUUUUCUACAUUUUCAUAUAUUGUAUUCUGUGUUGUAACUGAAAUCAAACUGUUUAUUUUUUAUUACAAAUAUUUGCACAGUAAAAAUCAUAAAAGAAAUAGUAUUUUUCAAUUCACCUCAUACUGUUACUAUAGUGCAAUCUCUUUAUCGUGAAAGUGCAACUUACAAAGGUAGAUUUUUUUUGUUUGUUACAUAACUGCACUCAAAAAAUAAAACAAUGUAAAACUUCAGAGCCUACAAGUCCACUCAGUCCUACUUCUCAUUCAGCCAAUUGCUAAGACUAACACAUUUGUUUACAUUUACAGGAGAUAAUGCUGCCUGCUUCUUUUUUACAAUGUCACCUGAAAGUGAGAACUGGCAUUCGCAUGGCACUGUUGUAGCUGGCGCUGCAAGGUAUUUAUGUGCCAGAUAGGCUAAACAUUCAUAUGCCCCUUCAUGCUUUGGCCAUCAUUCCAGAGGACAUGCUUCCAUGCUGAUGAUCCUCGUUAAAAAAGUAAUUCAUUAAUUAAAUUUUGACUGAACUCCUUGUGGGAGAAUUGUAUGUGCCCUGCUCUGUUCUACCCACAUUCUGCCACAUAUUUCAUGUUAUAGCAGUCACGGAUGAUGACCCACCACAUGUUGUUCAUUUUAAGAACACUUUCACAGCAGAUUUGUCAGAACGCAAAGAAGGUACCAAUGUGAGAUUUCUAAAGAUAGCUACAGCACGCAACCCAAGGUUUAAUAAUCUGAAGUGCUGUCCAAAAUCUGAGCGGUAUGAGGUGUGGAGCAUGCUUUCAGAAGUCUUAAAAGAUCAGCACUCCGAUACAGAAACUACAGAACCUGAACCACCAAAAAAGAAAAUCAACCUUCUGCUGGUGGCAUCUGAAUAAGAUAAUGAAAAUGAACACGCGUCGGUCCGCACUGCUUUGGAUUGUUAUCGAGCAGAACCCGUCAUCAGCAUGGAUGCAUGUCCCCCAGAAUGGUGGUUGAAGCAUGAAGGGACAUGUGAAUCUUUUAGCGCAUCUGGCACGUAAAUGUCUUGCAACGCUGCCUACAACAGUGCCAUGCGAAUGCCUGUUCUCACUUUCAGGUGACAUUGUAAACAAGAAGCAGGCAGCAUUAUCUCCUGCAGAUGUAAACAAACUUGUUUGCGCGAUUGGCUGAACAAGAAGUAGGACUGAGUAGACUUGCAGGCUCUAAAAUUUUACAUUGUUUUAUUUUUGAAUGCAGUUUUUUGUACAUAGUUCUUCCUUUGUAAGUUCAAAUUUCAUGAUAAACAGAUUGCACUACAGUGCUUGUAUUAGGUAAAUUGAAAAAUACUAUUUAUUUUUUACAGUGCAAACACUUGUAAUCAAAAAUAAAUAUAAAGUGAGCACUGUACACUUCGUAUUCUGUGUUGUAAUUGAAAUCAAUAUCUUUGAAAAUGUAGAAAACAUCCAAAAAUAUUUAAAUAAAUGGUAUUCUAUUGUUUAACAGUGCGAUUAAUCAUGAUUAAUUUUUUAAUCACGCAUUUAAUUUUUUUCAUCACUUGACAGCCGUAGUCUUUUCAUAUCUGUACAACAUACCCAAACACCUUCAUCCUUAUUUCUCAAAUCAUUGUCCCUACAGUCUGUUGGUCAGUCCUUUGUAACACAUCAGCAUUAGUUACUUUAUCCCACCAGUGGACACCAAGUACUCUCUGUAAGCAUCUCCUAUGUAAUGCGUUAAGUUUCCUUUUGCCAAGUUUCUGAAGAAUAUAACCUUGUGGGUAUCACAAUGACAUUGUAUAACUUUAGCUUGGUUCUUAUGUGAAUCUCCUUACUUUUCCAAAUCCAAUAUCAGUGUCAAAUAUAGGGGGUCAGUAAUCAUGGUGCUUCUGUGAUUGACAUGACAAUACAAUAUGACAAACAAGUGUGUGCUUCUGAGAUAGACAAUCAGUGCUGAUGGCCAGCUCAAUCAGGAAGUGGAAGCAAGAACUGGAAAGGCUUGUGAAACUGAUAUAUAUGUGGAGAAGUGGGGGUUGUUUGGGGAAUCAGGAUGUGGAGUAGUAUUUGCAAAUCCUUCACUGACUGUAAGUGUUGUAUAAAGGCAGGGAUCGUGAGAACUAGAGAGGGGGUUGCGGAGGGAAGACGGCUGUUGGGGCUGAGGGGUAUUCUAUCAUGAGGGUCUGUUGAAAUGGAAAGGAGAUUGACCUCUUUGGUUGUCAGGGUGAUAGAAAUCAACCUUUUCCAGGGAUUCUAGGGCCAUGGAGUACCAGAAACAGUUAUGUGGAUAAGCCUGUAGAGGGCUAAUCGGUACUAAUCAGUAUACCCGGGCACAAGGUAGGGAUCACAAGCAGUGUGCUGAGCAGCACCUGACAGUGAAAUAAUGUUGACCUGCCUUACAGGGGUGGUGGAGAGGCUUAAAGUUUGUAAAGCAUUCUUGUCAGCCUCUCAUUGGAAUCUCUGUAAUGCUUGAUAAUAAGACAUGGCAGGAGGAAGACAAUUAAAUUUCUACCCUAUAUUUUUUUCCCCAACCCACAAAUUUUCAAAUGCAAAACCUCUAUCCUACUUCAAUGGUAAAACUUUAAUCACUCCAGUGAGAAAGAGUUAUGGUUCCCACAGCAACAAGAUUAAUAUUCCUUGCUGGUGUGUGCACAGUUGCUAUGGAAACCUGGUAACUCUGAAUUUCCUGAUUUGAGACUAAAAUCCCUAUUUUACAGUUGUCUAAAACCUAUUCCACUCUUCUCCUACACAGCUAUGUUGCUGCUCCUAUUCCAGAUCCUAGAGCCUUUGGCCACUCAUAGAAUCACAGAAAUGGAGGGCUGGAAAGGACCUCAGGAAGUUGUCUAAUCCAUCCCCCGCAACCUCCUGUCUUUCUGGGGCAGGAUUUAAGUGUACCUAGACAGGGGUUUGGGAGUUUAAGGACAGGUUAGACAAUGAUGGAGAUUCCACAACCUCCCUUGGUAACCUAUUCUAGUACGUAAUACUUGGUUAGAAAUUUUUUCCUAAUAUCCAACCUACAUCUCCCUUGCUGCAAAUUAAGCCGAUUACUUCUUGUCCUUCCCUUGAUGGACAUGGAGAACAAUUGCGUGUUGUCCUCUUCGUAACAAUAUCUGAAGACUUAGCAUAUCCUCCCUCAGCCUUCUCAAAACUAAAUAUGCCCAAUUAUUUCAACCUUUCCUCAGAGAUCAGAUUUUCUAAACCUUUUAUCAUUUUUAUUGCUGCCCUCUGGACUGCACCAGUUUGUUCACAUCUUUCCUAAAGUGUGGUGUCCACAACUGGACACAGUUUUCCAGCUGAGGCCUGACCAGUGUUGAGCAGAACAAUUCCCUCCCAUGUCUUACAUACAACAUUUCUGUUAAUACAUCCCAAAAUGACAUUUGCCUUGUUCACAACAGCAUCACAUUGUUGACUCAUAUUCUAUUUGUGACCCACUGUAACCCCCAGAUCCUUUUCAGCAGGAUUGCAGCCUACUCAGUUAUUUCCCCAUCUUGUAUUUCUGCAUUUGAUUUUUUCCUUCCUAGGUGCAGUCCUUUGCACUUCUCUACAUUGGAUUUUAUCUUACUUAUUUCAGACUAGUUUUCAAAUUGGCAUUCAUUCCUGUCCUCCAAAGUGCUCGUAGCCCCCCCCAGGUUGGUGUUGUCCACAUUCAAUCUGUGUCCAUCUCUCAAAUAUGUUCUCUGCUUGUU